AAAGCACGCUGUGAGGGCUCGCGACAGUCAACAGAUAAUCCGCGCGGUUUAUAAUGACAGAAACUGGACACAGCGGGUCCGCAAAGGUGUGCGGAUGAUGCGUAACUACUCCGUUUAACCUGCAGUUUAAAGCCGGACUACUACAUCCUCUGAUGGUCUUCCUGAUGUUGCAGAGGUGAAACAAGCGCAUCAUGUUGGAUCCUCCAGAGCCUCGCCAGGAGAUUGUGGAGUGGCUGUCCACCCUCCGCCUGUCCCAGUACACCUCGUAUUUCCUGCAAGGAGGCUAUGGAGCUCUGGAAGACUGCAGGGACCUCACAGACGAGUGCCUGCUGGAGCUAAAUGUGCUUCCAACAGGCCAUCGAAGGCGCAUCCUCCGGAGUCUGGAAGCACUCGGGGUGAGGCAGCCGAGCGGCGAGGAGGAAGAUGAAGAGGAUGAGGAAGAGGGAGGGGUAGAGAACGGGACGCGCAGAAGGAGGCCCGUGCCGCACCCGAGACACAUCUUCCUGAAGGGUAAAAAGAGGGGGACUUCCUGUCAGCACCAUCAGCCAAAGGAGAGGAGGCAGAAUGAGUCGGAGGGGAGUCAUACUUUGCCUCCAGGAGCCGGACUGGGAGCGGAAACUGAUGAUGUCCCUGACAGGAGAUACGUUCGCCCGCCUCUUCCGACUCCGCGCAACCCCCAGAACAUCCAAACAUCCCUGUCUGAACUUCCCUCUGUCCAAGCCUCCGUGUCCUCCAGCAGCAGCAGCAGCAGCAGCAGCAGUGAGUCCCUCUCCAUAUCUGAAAUCCCCUCAGACUGGGAGAUUUCAUCAGAGGAUCCCUCGCUGUCCAGCACCGACUCCUUCCCCUGUCCGGCAGAAGCCCCCCACCCAACACUCACCGAAGACGGUCCGGGUUUUCAAGGUGAAAUGGUGGAAAACUCCAUCUAUGAGACACAGCCGUUUAGGACACCUGGAGCUCCACGGCUCACUCGCUCCUACCGGCUGAGGCACCGGCCCGUCCCUGAAAUCCCAAAUCAGAUCGUGCUGCCACUUCAGGAGAGGAGCGCACCACCAGCGCAAACAACCAACCCCGAACACCUCGCCGGCUCCGAAGGUCCCAUCGGUGCAAACAGCAUACAGAAAGCUUCACUUCAAAGAACCUUGACGCCCAUUGCUCCCUACGGAGAAAUGUUCCUGUACAACAACCCUGAAAGCACUCCGGACCAAGGUGCUAAAGAAGGUUUACAGAAGGCUUUUAAGGACAAGAUAAAACCCAAGAAACUGAGAAAAAAGAAAAAAUCCAAGGAAAGAGAGUCCCCUCCCCCUGCUUCGACUAUCCCCGACCCCUACCAAGAGGAAUACUCCACCGUGGAGGAGUGUGUCAGCAUUUUGCCGCGAGGCAGUUUGGACCAAAGUUUUCUGGUGACCCCUGAGGGUCUUGCAGUGGAACCAACCGCCUCUGGCCCUCAGGAUGGAUCUUCAAUCAUGGUGGAGUGCGACCUGUACUCUGAGCCUGGAGACACUCUGGGGGGCGUGGCCACAAAUGCCCUGCCUGAUAUUUCCCCAUACGCAUGCUUCUAUGGCGCCCCCAAACAUCAGGUGCUCAAAGUGGGCUGGCUGGACAAACUGUCGCCUCAAGGAAACUGUGUUUUUCAAAGGAGGUGGGUGAGAUUUGACGGCGAGAGCCUGGCCUACUACAACAAUGACAAGGAGAUGUACUCCAAAGGCAUGAUCAUGGCCAGUGCUGUCAGACAGCUGCGAGGACUCGGUGACAACAAGUUUGAGGUAGUCACCUCCCUGCGGACCUUCAUAUUCCGGGCUGAAAGAGAAGGGGAGCGCCAGGAGUGGAUGGAAACUCUUCAGACGGCCACGCGCCCCCCCGCCUGCGGCUCCCAGAAGCGCUCCAACAGCCUUUCCCACCCCUCCUCCACAAACAAGCGAGGCAUGCUGGAGCUCCGCGGUUACAAAGGCAGAGUGCUGGUGUCCCUGGCGGGGAGUAAAGUCAGGCUCUGCAAAACAGAACAGGACUUUAAAGCGGGCCUGGCUAUCGCUGAAGUGGAACUGACUGCUGCCAACAUUAGAGACGUGGACCGCAGGGCCUUUGAAAUCAACACACCCUUCAAGAACUUCUGCUUCACGGCCGAGUCAGAACGGGAGAAGGAGGAGUGGAUUGAAGCGGUCCAGGAAUCGAUUGCUGAGACACUCUCCGACUAUGAAGUGGCAGAGAAGAUCUGGUUCAACGAGGCCAACAGGAGCUGCGCCGACUGUCGCGCCCCACAGCCGGAGUGGGCGUCUGUCAAUCUGGGCGUGGUCGUCUGUAAGAAGUGUGCAGGGCAGCACCGCUCCCUUGGCCCAAGUAUUUCCAAAGUGCGGAGCUUGAAGUUGGACAGCAGCAUCUGGAGCAAUGAGCUCGUAGAGCUCUUCCUGGAGGUGGGAAACAAGAAUGCUAACAGUUUCUGGGCUGCUAAUCUUCCCUUGGAGGAGGAUCUCUACAGCGGGGCUUCCGUGGAACAACGGGCCACGUUCAUCCGCAGGAAGUACAGGGAGAGGAAGUACCGGAGAGUGUUGGAUGGCUUUGAUGACCUGGAGCAGCUCAACCAGGCGCUGUGUGCAGCUGUGGUUUUGCCUGACGUGCUGCAGACCAUGGCGCUGGUGUUCAGUGGGGCAGAUGUUAUGUGCGCCACCGGGGAUCCAACCUCCUCCACCCCGUAUCUCUUGGCCCAACGUGCUGGACAUAAGCUACAGAUGGAGUUCCUGCACCAGAAUAAGCUCUCUGAUUUCCCCAGACUGGAGCAGUGGUCGGAGAGCACCUCCCUAUCUGACGCCUGCCUCUUCAUGGAUGGCUUCCUCUACAUCUCCACCGGCCCUGCCAAGAUGACGCUGGACCGUCGCGGAAGAGACGACAUGGCGCGUCGCUGGUGCACAUUGGAGGGCGGCUUUCUGAGUUACUAUGAAAGCGAGAAAAGCCCGUCAGCCAUUGGCAGGGUGGACGCCACCGAGGUGGUUACUCUGGCUGUCAGCAACACAGAGACAAUGACUGGAGCUGGGGCUGUGUUUACUGUGGAGCUGUACCUGCAGACAGAGCGAGCGCUGAUUGUCGGAGCCGAAACACAGGAAACGCAGCAUGACUGGAUCCAGGCGCUAACAAAGUGCUUCGUCCCGUCUAAAGUCGAGGGACUGGUGCAGAAAGACGCCGAGCUGAUUGGCAGACUGCACUACAAAGAAGGCCACGACCUGUACCACUGGAGGGUUGGCUGGUUUAUGCUGGAAGGCUCUGCCCUGCACUUCAGCUCGGGAGACGAGGAGGGAGAGGAGGAAGUCCUUCAGCUCAAACAGCUACACGAGCUCACUGUCUCUACACAUACGGAGGGUGAGGACAAGAUCCAAGUCCUGCUGAUGGUGGAGGGAGGAAGAACAGUUUACAUUCAUGGCUUUAACAAGAUGGACUUUUCACUGUGGCUCUCUGCCAUCACACUGGCUGCUGGCACAGAUGGCAAGGCGCUCAGCGACCAACAGUUGACUAAAUACGGUGUCCCUAUUAUAGUCGACAGUUGCAUCGCUUUUGUCACCCAAUAUGGUUUGUGCCAGGAGGGGGUCUACCAGAGGCCGGGGGAUCCUGGUCGAGUGGCCCUGCUCCUGGAGGAGUUCACCCGGGACGCCCGUAACGUGAAGCUGCGGAAGAAGGAGCACCAGCUGGAGGACGUGACGGACAUCCUGAAGAGCUUCUUGUCCCAAUCAGAGGACGCCCUGCUGACCAAGGAGCUUUAUCCAUACUGGGUGUCGGCUCUGGAUGAGAAGGACGAGAGGCAGAGAGUGAAGAAAUACUCCACUUUCAUUGAGAGUUUGCCAAAGAUAAACCGGUCCACCCUUGAUGCAGUGCUCCAACAUCUGUACAGGAUUCAGCAGUGCUCCCACCUCAACCACAUGCCGAGCGAAAAACUGGCCUCUGUUUUCUCCUCCUGCUUGUUCCAGACUCGGGGACAAACCCCACAGGAAACUAACGUCGUCCAUGACCUCAUCAGCAACUACAUUACACUCUUCAGUGUCAAUGAGGACCGGGUGCAACAGAUGGAGAGAGAGAAUAGUUUCAUCACACGCUGGAACGAGAAGAAGGACGCCACAUUCUCUCCAGCUGGGGACUUGAUCUUCGAGGUGUACCUGGAAAAGAAAGAGCCAGAGAGCUGCUGUUUAAUCAAGGUCUCUCCCAGCAUGAGGUCCACGGAGCUGGCAGAAACGGCGCUGAGCAUGAGGAACGUCACGUUCAGUGCAGACGACUCGUGGACCACCUUCGAAGUCAUUGAGAAUGGAGAGUUGGAGCGGCCGUUGCACCACAGUGAGAAGAUUCUUGAGCAGGUGCUGGAGUGGAGUGCCCUGGACUGCCCUAGGUCUGCUUUUCUUGUUCUAAAGAAAUUUACAGGGGCCAAAAGAGUGGCUGAGGGGAAAGUGGACCAAAGUCAGGUUAUUAAAGGAGACUAUCUGAAGUUCACUGACGGAUCCUCCAAACUGCUCUCGGGGCACAAGUUCCAGGACAAAUACGUCGUCCUGCAGGCAGAGAAGCUGCUGCUCUACAGAGAUAUCAAAGCCACGAAAGCAGAGAAAGUGAUCCAACUAAGUUCUGUGAAAUGUUACCUGGGCCUAAAGAGAAAGCUCAAACCUCCAACCAGCUGGGGCUUCACAGUCUGCACUGAUAAACAACAAUGGCAUUUCUGCUGCGAGACGAGGGAGGCUCAGGUCAGCUGGGUGACAGACAUCGUCAGGAUGAAGUACGGUUCUGACCCCUGUUCAAAGAACUCAAAAGAAGCUGCAGAUCACAAAUCCUCCAGAGGGGGCGCUGUGACUGAAGGCCGGAAGUUUCUAACACCCAACCACAACGUCGGCAAACAGCUGACACAGAGGAGGAUUUCUCUUGUUGAUGGCAACCCGAGGCCGACCAAAGACGCCACUCCCCCCGACAAAACAAACACCGCAGCCAACUGCCCGAAGAAAAACGACACGCUCAAGGCGCCAGAAGUCCCCUACAGAAGCACUUCUGCCGAUUCGGGCCAACCCCGACGCCUCGCCUCCCCGUCCCCGGCCAGACGCCCGCAGCCCGCGCCUCUGCCCGUUCCUCCUCAGAGCGGCUGCAAGACCCUCGGCAGGAAACCUGUCGUGGGCGCGUUGGGUAUGAUGCCGCCCAGUCUGAUGAAUGAACUGAACUCCGUGCUGAGCAAGACUAGUCGCAGCGCCAAGAGCAACGACUGACAGGAAGCGAGGAGAAAGAGAGGUCAGAUUGAACGGCAAGACAAACAUUACAGUGCUGAGUACGGGAAGAAAGACGUGGAAACUGACAGGAAAGAAACACACAAUGCAGAUGGGGUUGCUUUCAUGAGGGGGAAUAACAGCCCGAAGACUGCUUUUGAACUUGGGUGUAUAAAGGGAUGCCGGUGCACAAGGGGAUGUGGAAAACAGGUGCAGAAGACAUUGGAGGUCAUGCAGACCUCAGCUGGACAUGGCGCUGACCCAAGCACUACAAAGCGUGAUUUAUAUGCCGCUCUUCUAAACCCAGAGAAUGUUACAGAAAUACGUUCAGCUGUCAAAGAAGUGCUUGCUUCAUGCUUUUAAGUUUCCAGUUACUUUAAAGACAAAAGCUGUUUUUACUACAUCUGAAAAGUAUUUUGAUUAUUUUAAUACUGAGUUUAUCUUUAGGUUAACAUUAUUAUUAUUUUAUUACAUUUUACCAGCACUUUUGCUGCAAAAGCUAUGUAAUGUAGUUGCACAUAUUGAAUAGCAUUCACUAUAUUUUUUAAUAAAUAGUGGCGGAGUCCACCAUCGCCACUAAAGUGGUGCAUUUAUAUAGAAUUCUCUCAGUUUGUACAGGGAUGCACAGGAAAUGAUGCAUGCAUAUCAAAUUUACAAAAUAAAAGCAUGUUUAGGGCUUGUUAGCCACUAACGCUGGCUUAUAGACAUGAGAUGCAAUAAUAGCUGGUAGUGGUGGGCAUUCUCACAAGUAAUUAUUUAUUUUAAAAAAAAUGUUUUCAUAUUAUUCCAUGGUACACAACUUUUUUAACUUUGCACUGGCUGCCUCCAAAUGUAAUUUUAAUGCACAGUAUGCAUAAAGUAAUAAACAUUGCUACAUGUUCAAACAUGCGAUAUUACUGAAUAUAAACAUCCAAUAAUAAGAUGAAUUCAUGCUAUUGGUUGACUAAAUUAUGCCAACAGCAUUCCGUAUUUUAUGAAAAAAAAAAAAAAGUAAUUGCUAAAGUCUCAAAAAAAUUCAGAUUUCUGGAUUAGUUUUGAUUGAAAAUUUGAAGUAUAAACUAUUAAAAUUGCAAAUUCUGUUGACAGAUCCACAGAAAUAGGAGAUGUUGCUGAAAGAAAAUAUGUAUUCGACUUUUUUCGCCUCUGUACCCAGUUUGUAGCUCAGUACAUAUUUAAUUUAACUAGAUAUAUUUUAUUAAAGACUCAACUAAGAACAUGAAAUUUAAGAAAGUCAUGCUCAUUCUGAAACAGGCCUUUAGAGCAAAAUGAACCUGAACAGAAACAUGAUUUGAGCUUUUCUGAUGAAGUUCAGGUGUAAAAUUAACAGUCCUAAAAAGAUUACAAACUCAUUUUUUUUAUACAUUUCCCACUUGAUGUUUUUGUUAGUACUUAGUGGACACACUUGGGUUUUAUAUAAAGUAUUUAUUAUUAACAUUCGCUUGAAAAUGUUGGUAAAAAGAGGAGAAAUGCUGUGAGAAAUGCAGGUCUCUCACUGGAGCAGUGCAAAUAAAACAUUUCUCUCUUUGCCAAAAGCUCUGUCUAAAAAUUACCUUUCCUGCGUUUCCACAGACAUGCAGAUGGUGGGAACAAUGGAGAUGGUGGAGGUGUCAGUGUGUGAAUGUGAAGUACACACAGGAAAUUGUUUUCUAGAGAAAUUGCCAGAUUUACACUUUUUUUUUUUUUUACAGCAAACGAAAUUACAAUACACCCAGAUCCAUCAGAUAAUUACAGUUAGGUAAAAAUAAAAUACUGCAUGAAGUAAAGCCAUUAAAAUAAUAUGAGAAUGAAAGCAUCAGUGUUAAAUGAUAAUUACCGUCAUUGCUUUCAGGUUUAUUAUGCAUCAUGAUUGGAAUUUUUUUCUGUUCAAUUGCUUAGAGCUCUUUAUCUGUGUUUUAUUUCUAUUUUAAUAUUGCAUCUGCUGUCUGCAGGUUUAAAUAAAUCAGUCAUUUUGGCUCCUUUUCACCAGGUAAAUCUGCAGUAUGUAUAAGGACUUUAUAUUCUACUGGAUAGAUUUCCUUCUGUACACUCUGUUUUGUUCUAUGAACAUUUAUCUGCAGGAAUGAAGAGAGUCCAGGAAGCACGUCGGUGUGGAUUUCAACACUAAAAAAGACUCCAUCUUCCAUCUUUGACUUAUUUAUAUAUAAUUAUAUCGUUAUUUUAUUCAUAGAUUUCAUCAAAUUCUGCAUUUUCUCGGGUGAAAUGUAAGAAUAAACUCCCUGUUUCAUGUCACACUCGGUCAUUGAAUAAUGUAUAGCUGUCGGAAAAUGCACACGUCUGCAAUUGUCACACAGGUUCCUCCAUGAAAAAUUCAUAUUAACAUUUUAUUUUCAUUAUGCCUCAUACGCCAGAUGCUUGUCCUUUGUUUCAUCUCCUUAUAUUCUAAUCAUAGAGCUGCCACAUUUCUGCAUUCGUGGUCUGGCCAUUUCUUAUUAGCGCUUUGUUUGCACUGUGCAAAUAUGUGUUUUCUUCUCUCGCCCAUAUUAGUUAUAUUACUAUGUUCAUUGCACUAGUGGAAAUGAAUAAGUUUCUACUUAAUUGGCCUGUUGAGAGUCAUUUUCAUUCCAUGCAGCGUUGCUUCUACUGGCAGCAGACACACUGUACAAUAUAAUCUCAUAGUUCUGAUGUGAGAUAAUAUACUAUAUGCUCCUCCGACUCAAUUUAUUCAGCACUAAAUGCCUUUUUCCUUUCAAAAUCACAUUAUAAUUCACUUGAGAGCUGUAAAAAUAAUUCCUUCAAGAUUCUGCAUAAAACUAUUAUUUCAUGUCUACUGUAUUUACUUGCACGGACACCAUACCAUCUCAAGGUCCUCUGCAUCUUUCCUCUGACUGUCAUCUGUGUGUAUAUUUACCUCUGUCGUCCUCUGUGUCUGUGUAAACCAGCAUUUUUGCCAGUCCUCUGAGGCCUAUAGUGUACGAAGGUCACCAUAUGGUAUAAGAGAGAUCAGUGAAAAUCUCUGCAAAGUCAUUAUAUGCGACGACAUUGACCAUAUCACUCAGUUGAGGUUACUGCUUGCGUGGCUGCAGUGCUGGGAAAUACACAAGCAUUGUACAUAAGUACAAUUUCAGGUACUUGUGCUUGAAUGUUUUUUAUUCUUGAUACUUUUUCCUUUCAGGCUGUUAUCGUUCAGUGUUCAUUCUUAUACCUAUAAAAAGCAAUUAUACAACAGUUUUGCAAGCACAAUGUAUUGCAAUUAACUAA